GCAGCAGCAGCAGCAGCAGUAGCUCCAGAGCACAAACUGGAAAACCCACCGCGUUUUACGUCCAGCUCCACGUUCAGAGGCACGUUCAGCAGCACGCGACAUGUGGGCCCGGAGUGCACGCGGGGCCCGGAGCCUGGAGCUCGCGCUGCGGGGUUCGCUCCAGAGACCUGCUCGGAGAGAGGCGUCAUCUGCGGCCGAGGUGGCGCCGAAGAAGACCCCGUUGUUUGAGUUCCACCGGGCGAGUGGGGGUAAGAUGGUGGAGUUUGCGGGCUGGAGCAUGCCUGUGCAGUACACGGACAGCCACAUCAGCUCUCACAUGCACACGAGGACGCACUGCUCGCUGUUUGACGUCAGCCACAUGCUACAGACCAAAGUCCACGGAAAAGACCGAGUGAAGUUCAUGGAGUCUCUGGUAGUCGCAGACAUCGCAGAACUCAAAGACAACCAGGGAACUCUGUCUCUCUUCACGAACGAUGAAGGAGGAAUCAUGGACGACCUGAUCGUGACUAAAACAGACCAGUGUUACCUGUACGUGGUUUCUAACGCAGGCUGCGCCGACAAGGACUCUGCCCACAUGAAGGCCAAACUGUCAGAAUUCAAAGCUGCAGGUUUCGAUGUGGAUCUGGAGUUUUUAGAUGACGCACUGAUCGCUGUACAGGGUCCGUCGAUGAGCCGUGUCCUCCAGGAGGGAGUGAAGGACGAUUUAAAGAAGCUCCCGUUCAUGUUCUCGACUCUGACGUCUGCGUUUGGAGUCCCCUGUCGAAUCACACGCUGUGGGUACACCGGGGAGGACGGAGUCGAGAUCUCCGUGCCCAGUUCUCGUGUGGUGGAGCUCACAGAGAAGCUGCUGUCCAACCCAGAGGUGAAGCUGGCCGGACUCGGAGCCAGAGACAGUCUGCGGCUGGAGGCGGGGCUCUGUCUCUAUGGCAACGACAUCGACGAGACCACCACACCUGUCGAGGCCACGCUCGUCUGGACCAUAGGAAAGCGUCGGCGUCAGACCAAAGACUUCCCCGGAGCAGACGUCAUCGUUCCUCAGAUCAAGAACAAAACUCCGAGGAAGAGAGUGGGCCUGGUCUCCACCGGGCCUCCUGUCCGGCAGCACACGCCCAUACUCAGCACGGAUGGAAAAGUUAUCGGUGAGGUGACGAGUGGCUGCCCCUCUCCCUGCCUGAAGAAGAACGUCGCCAUGGGUUACGUGGACUCCGCCUUCGCCAAGAACGGGACCCAGAUCCAGGUGGAGGUCCGGAAGAAGGCGGUCCCGGCCACAGUCAGCAAAAUGCCCUUCGUGCCCACUAACUACUACACCGGCUAAAACAGGAGGUGUACAGCAGCCGGGAGAACAUCUAUCCAGACUCGUUAUUUUGUACUUUAAGAUGUUUAUAAUGAGAGAUUCUAUUUUUAAAUGAUCCAACUGGUCGUCA